CGGUAGCGGGAGAGCACGGCCUCGGCCUUGGCAUCGGCAUCGGCAUCGAGCUGAAGCUCGGCACGGAGCCCCUCGUGCACAAGUGCAGUGCGCAAGUUCUGAGCAGCAGCAUUUUCUCGUCUCGCAGCCAGAAGCAUUCGGAUUCAUGGGACACGAGGCAGAGGCAGAGGCAGAGGCAGAGGCAAGUUGUUGGCUGCGGUAGUGACCGAGGUCCAACCUCUAAUCUGCUCACCGAGUAUCCGUUGCAUGUGAUUUGAUCACCUUCCCGUUUCGUUUCGUUCGAGGGGGAAGCUUUUCGGUUCUGUGGAAUUUAAUUGGCCGUUUUUUCAUGCUUCGCCGAGAGAGGAGUUCCGUGCGGUGCUUCUCCGGUGGGGGGAUCGCAGUCCUGCGCACUCUCUGUCGGUGUGCCGUGGAACUUUAGUCGGAUUAGUUAGAAAAACCAGGUUCGUUUUGGUGGAAUCGUGCAAUUGGUGCUUUCAUGACAAUUCAGUUACUGGAGGAUUGUCCGCGAAAUUCUCGUCAGUGGUUUAGUUCGGCUCAGUUUUUGUUCCGUGGGCAGAGGAAGAAUUUUCUUCGGAGCCCGAGGCGGCGCUCGGGCGACAUUAAGUAGCUUAUAGAAUGAAGGACUCGACAGAAAGCGCAUUUUUGAAGGCUUUAGGGGGUACUGCUGAGGAGUUUGUUGCUGCGGUGAUUCAGCAUCAGUCUCGGCCGGAUAAAUUUGUUCUGAAGACUGUUCUGACCAAAAUCAGCAAACAAUCCGCUUCCAAGAUCUGUGACGCACUUGCCACUACCACCAGUCAAGAGCUUGAGGCAUACACGAAGCUUUUGGAACAAGAAGAUGUGACUGAGAACGACCGAGCCUCUGAAUUGGCACCGGCACCACCUCAGCGUAGACGAGGCAGCAGGAAGAGGGCCGCGAACUCAUCAUCUGGCAACGGGAAUGAUUUAGCUUCUGGAUCCGAAGGAACGACUUGCAGAUUACAUCUGCAGGAUAAGAGGAGUGAAAAGUUGAAAACACUUCAAGGUUGCGCCACUUUAGCGAACUUAAUUCUUGCCCAUGCAUCGGAUGUUUUCCAGCCGAAGUGGCUCUUCCCGACUGUAUCGGCCUUGCACGACAAUCUCGUGAAUCUGGAAGCCGAUUCUAGCUUACGGGAUAGUGUAUCUUGUCUCUGUGAACAAUGGUGGCGAGAGAAAUUAGAUGGAAACGAGAGCUUGAUAACUCAAUGCAUACCUUUCCUUUUGUCCAAAGCAUUGUCACACGGUCGAAAGAACGAUGUGCAACGCGUGUACAGUAUGAGACAUGCCCUGGCUCUCUUCGAUUUCUUCGAUGACAGCAUCGAGGAUUUGAGGCAUCUGCUCAUCCGCACAGUAGUCACUCCAGCAUUCUUACGUAGCCAACCUGGUCGCCGCUUUAUCUCCUACUUAUUUGUGCUUAAUCCGCAACUUGUGAAGGAGCUUGUCGUAAUUGUUCGCUCUCAGAUACCAUACGGCAAAAAAUCGAUUCUUGAUGGAUAUGGAGAGAUUCUGUAUCACGCAUGGAAAGCGGCAGAGGACGUCUGCCUUCAUGAAAUCGAGUACACGUGCAUUCAAGGACUUAUCGAAGGAGCGUUACACGCAUCCAGCAAAGCCUUGGGCGCAUCGAUCAGAACUGUGCUUGAAGGAUUCACAAGUAAAAAGUCACAGGAUGGUGUGGAGUCUAUGCUCUUCCGCCUGCUGGAACCUCUGCUGUUCCGUGCUCUACAGGUUGCAAACUCAAACGUCAGAAGAAAUGCAUUACUGCUUUUAGUGGAAGUGUUCCCUGUGGAAGAUCCAGACGCAUCUAAGGAAGAGAAGGAAGUUGUGCUGGAGAAGCAGUUUGGACUUCUAGAUAAAUUAUUGAUGGAUCCUAGCCCGGACGUGAGGAGUGUGGCUGUGGAGGUUGUCUGUAGGAUUCUUCGUCUUUUCUGGGAGGUCAUUCCCUCCGGAACGACCGCCAAACUCUUGACCAAAGUUGUAGAUGAGAUGGCGAAUGAUUCAUCGAGCAACGCUGUACGAUUGGCUGUUUUGAAAGGUGUUACAUAUUUGCUGGAGAACGCACAGAGUCAUGCAAUUCUCAAAGUUUUACUCCCCCGCCUUGGGUUCUUAUUGAACGAUAACAGUAUGGCUGUGAGAAUUGCAGCCGCGGAUCUUUUAAUCGUCAUCAAAGGUAUUCGCGUCAUCCAAUUUUACAAGGUGGUACCCUUAGAUUCUCUUCUUCUUUCUCUUUCGACGGACAGUUCUCCGGUUGCUCAACGCCUGUGUAAGGUCCUCCUGCCUUCUUACUUCCCGACAAAGGUUACCGCAAAAGAGGCCUGCAGCCGGUGCGUUGUGCUCCUGAAGAGAUCGCCCCAUGCCGGUACACAAUUCUGCAAGUGGUUGUUCAGUCAGGGCGCUUCCGGAACAUCUCUCCUCGAGCUAGUCAAGACUCUAAGCACCAUGGCCAGAGACAACGAAGAUUGCAGUGACGAAGUGCGUACGGAAAUUCUCCACGCCCUUUCAGAGGUUUGCAAAAGCAUGUUAGCUACAGAUGAAUGGAGGGUAGCUAUUGGGGAGAUACUGACGGGGGACAUGCUGGCUGCCCUCAUAGCCUGUGCCCCGGACUCCCUAGGUCGCUCUUAUGUUCUCCAAACUGCUUCAAGCUUGCCUCCAAAAAAUGUAUCCAAGCUCAUCAAUUAUUGCGGCGAUCUUGUGAUGAAGUGCUCUGUUACUCCAGCUGAUGUUGCGGAGGUUCGAGCUGUACACGCCCUAGUUGUUGCCUGGGGUGGACUAGACAAUCUUCUGGAGGCUUUUAUAACCAUUCUUUCCGAAGCGUCUGGUAUAGCCAGCAUCAUCUCUCCCAUAGUUGUCAGGGUAAAUUCCUCAAGCACUCAUCUCAAACGUGGUAACAAGCGUGGUAAAUCUACCCUGCCGGGUGCCCUGGAUUCCAGUGCAUCCAAACAAGAUGAAACAAAGAGGCAGUCGCUGAAGGAUAAAUACAUCGCUGCUGUUGGAGCUGCAUGGCAAGUUGAGAUUCUGCUUUCUGAAGACGAAACACGAGAAGCUGUCCUUGCGAACAACUACCUCAAAGACAUCCUUAUUGGUCUCAAAACCUUAGCUCGAAAUGCCAUCAAAGUCGCUGGCGAUGGCUCUACUGCUCUAGCCACCACAUCUUAUGCAGCAUCUCCUGUUUUAGCAUACAUGAAAUUGUCCAUGCAUAUUGCCUUGGAAGGUGCUUCAAAGGAGGAGCAAAAACUGAAGACAAAAAAGGGCAGUAGAGAGCAGCUCAAAUCUUUCUGCUCAGAUUCAGCAAAAUUGACUGAACUGGCGGGUGGAUUUCAGUUGGCUUGGGAAGAGUUAGUAGGUUGGCUGAGGGAGAUGCUGGGAAAAACAAGCAAAAGUCUCACAACACUUAACUCGCCUUCACCACAACCCAUCGUCAAGCGCGCACGUCUGCCUAGUCGUAAAUUGCGCCAGAGGGAGCCACUGUCCCCUCUUUCAGUAAACACUACAUCUCCUGGUCCAGAACCUAAGCUUAAAGAUCACGGGGAGAUGUUGAAAAUUGUCGCAAAUAUUCUGCAAACGACUUCAGAUGCUUAUGCUUUGGGAUUAAUUACCACCCGUUCUCUGAGACGAGAGACUGCCUCUUUCGUCGCCGAAUCAGUGCAGUGGCUUAUUGAUAACUGUCUUAAAGGGAAAGGGCGUUUUGUUGGAGGAUCUCCGCCUCGCUUUUGCAGAGACGUUUGGUCUUCGGCCAAAGUCAUAGUAACGUACGCUGCGAAAGUUCUUUACCUGUGUGUUCGAGAUGACACACAUGAAGUUGAAGAUGGAUAUUUGAUAGCUCACAGUCUGCUGGAUUUCAUCGCCGUGGUAGAUUCUGCCAAACGACUGAAACCCGUGGCGGUGCCCAUUGUGAAUAGCUUGCAGCAGUGGAUUCCGGAUCUCCUGAUUGCCACUACACUACUUUUUACGAGGUCUGAGAGCGAGGCUGCUACACUGAGGGCACCCAGUGCAGGCCCUAGAACACCGUCCAGCUGCAGUAGAUCGUCUGAAGGCUUGCGCCAGUUUCGACCUUGGGUGGCGCAUCUUGCAGUUUCCGCCUACGAUUCAAUGGCAGACACUGACGAUUUGGAAUCUCCAACAUCCGAUUCGGAUCACUCAGAAAGCGUACCCACCGAAUCGAGUGAGAGUCCCUGUGCAGACAAGCUCAAGCCCACGACGCCCAGCGGCCACUGUGUGUCUUCAGAGGAAAGUGGUCAAACAAACCACACGGACUUUCUACCGAUUCUUGUAAAAUAUCUGCAAAGGGGACACGUUGAUGUCAUGGUUGCUUUCAUAGACGUCUUGAUCAGAUUCGCAUCUCUUUCCUUCGCCAAAGAAGACUUCACUGCCGCUGUAGGAUCUUUGGACCUUGUCUGUAGAAGACUACUGAUGUGUAAAUUACCUGAGCAGAAAGGCCUACAUCUUGUAUUAAAACCAUCCUCUGUAGUAGGCCUUAAACAGAUGAUGGCCCAGGUUGGUCAAGCUCUGGAAACAAUGGUUGAUGCAGACAAAAAUCACGGAAACGUAGUCAUUAUUCAAAAGUUCUUAAGAACCAUCAUUACAUGUUACGUUGACGCCGAAGUGUAAAUACGUUUCUGGUGGAUAAACUAUCCCUGUAAUAUAUUACUAGAACUUCACAGAAGUGAAUGAGCGCCUAACAGCGCUUGUCUACGUGAAGAGCUUAAUCAAAUUGCGAGACUGCGAACACAUUGUGGCUGGCAAUCUACCAACCAUCUUCACUUAUGCCUUGAACUAACGAGUCUGUCAGUAUGUCGUACAUCUCAAUUCCAAUGCUGUAGGUUCUGGCGUCUUCUG